AUGGACGCUCAUGCAGAGGCGCUGCGUUCGGACCCGUAUACCAGCAAUGGAACUUUCUCCGCAACGAAUCGACCGGGCUGCUACGAGUUGCUGAGUCGGAUGUGGAUUCGAGCAACAGAUGGUCUUGUUGCCGACCGCUCGAAAGGGGAUGAAUGGUUUGGUCGUCUUUGGAAAUUGCAUACGGAAACAACACGCUUUUAUCAUACAGCGGUGCAUCUGGAAGAAAUGCUUCACUUUUUUCGAGUGCUCGAGGAAAGGGGUUGUAUGAGCGGUGUCUCGGAAACAGAACGACAAGCAAUUUUGCUCAGUAUUUUCUUUCACGAUGCGAUCUACGAAAGCCGUUCUAGUUCCAACGAAGAAAAUAGCGCCCAGCUCUUCCAAGAGUUCUGUCGGGACACCAAAUCGCCGGACGCGGUGGUAAACACUCUAGUUGACGAAUUCAUUUUGGCCACCAAAACACACAUGACAUCCGACAAUCAUACUGUUGCUUUGGCUACUUUCCUGGAUCUCGAUAUGGCGGUUCUGGGUAAACACCUCGAGUCUUACAUAUCGUAUGCAUCAAUGAUUCGAAGAGAGUACGAUUUUAUUCCCCAUGAUACAUACUGCCAAAAAAGAGCGGAUGUUUUGGAGGCGUUUAUGGGGAAUAGAGUAUUUGGUACCAAAGUCAUGUACGAUGCUUUUGAGGAAAGGGCAAAGGAAAAUGUUCGAUACGAAGUGGACCUUUUACGAGCUGGAAGCAUACCAAAAAAACUUGUUAGCGUUAUGUUCAUAUAGCUGUAGCGUUGAGCCUGAUUUUUUA